AUGCGCCAGCGACCACUCCCACAGGCGACUCCAAAUGCGCUUCUCAAAAGUAUGAUCGUCGUUGCCAAGCUUGAUAAAAGUCAUCCACUGACUCAUAACAGACUUGUAGACUCAUGUGUCGCUGUCAUGCACAAGGGGCUUGCAAAAUGCCGAACAGAUGACUGGGAUUGCAAAUGCUCUGGCGCUGCCAACAUCGCCAACUGCUACGUGAAUUGCUCGGAGGAUGACGAAGCAGGCGUAUCUGCAAGAUCGUUGAGUGUAGGAAACUGCGCGACAGCAAACGCAUUCGACCAGGGGGAAACUACCGUGGCGCCAACAUGGACCCUACCAGGGUCAAACGCAGCCCAACCGACCGAUACAGAAGCCAGCAUCACUUCUGGAGGUAGUUCAUCGACUACUACUGCUGGACCAACAAAGUCGCUGAAGGGACACGAAAAAGCGACUUCAUCGGAUAAUGCUGCUCUUGUGAAUGUUGCUGGAAGCUGGCUUGUGCUGACUGGACUGGGGCUGGGAAUUUUUCUUUGA